AAUUCAAUACUUAUUAAUAUGGUAUCGAAUAUUGAUUUUAUCUUUUUUAUUAAAAAUCAAACAAACAAAUGAUGGUGUACUUCAUAAAAUACAACAAAAACAAUUUUUAUCUGGAUUACUUCAACGAAUUUUAAUUCUUACGGGUAAUAUUAUCGAAUAUAUAAUAGAACGUAUUCAAUCAAAUGAUAAGAAAGAAAAUAAUGAACAAUCUCAAUUAACACAACAAAAACAACAACAAUUCGUUAGUCGACAAACAUUAAAACCUGGUGCAUUUGUUACUACACGUCAAACUAUUCGUGUUAAAAAACAAGAUGUAGUAAUAACUCAUCAUGGUAAUGAAAAGUCACGACUUGAUACAAAAGAAGAAGAAUUUAAUUUUCACUCAACUGCUAAUAAUUGUCAUCAAUCAAAACCAUCAUUGAUUGAAUCUGUUCUGAAUGAUGAUAUUGGAAAAUUACAUGAUCAAUUGAAACCAACUGAUAUUGAACUUCUUUAUUCUCGAUUACCUGCUGAUAUUAUAUCAUCUAUGGAAAAUCAAGAGUGUUUAACAGAAGAUCAACAAAUGAUUCAUGCAAAAUUUAAUUAG